AUGGAGGACGAGCUGCGAUGCGCCGCGUGCCACCAGUUCUACAGCAACCCAGUGCUGCUACCAUGCGGGCACGCGCUGUGCCUCAACUGCGCGCUGCAGCGGCAGUGCGCGCCGUCGGCGUCGGCGAGCCGGCCUGACCCGGACGAGUCGGACACGUCGGGCUCCGAUGUGGACAAGCUGUCGGUGGCAAGCGAGACGGACAGCGGCGUGGUGUGCGGAGGCAGCGGCAGCCGGCCGCACUCCUACUUGGGCUCGCCGGAGCCGGCGCCGCUGGCGCUGCAGUGCCGCCAGUGCGGCAAGCACGUCUACUUCGACGAGAACGGCGCGUACAACCUGCCGCGCUACCGCACGCUGCAGAAGGUCGUCGACCGGUACGUCGAAGCCAAGGACGUGACGCUCAAGUGUCAGCUGUGCGAGGCGGCACCGCGCGACGCGGCGGUGCUAUGCGAGCAGUCCCUGGCGCGCCACCAGCAGCCCAGCUGCUGCGCCGAGCACCCCGGCCAGCAGCUGGUCAACUACUGCGUCGACUGCAAGCUGGCCGUCUGCAACGGCUGCGUGCAGGAGGGCAAACACCGCUCGCACGAGCUGCAGUCGCUGGCGGCCGUCGCCAAGACCCACAAGACGGACCUGUCGUUCCACCUGCAGCAGCUGACGGAGCGCGCCAAGGUGGCCGCCGACUACAUCCACCAGCUGAAGGGGCUGGCCGACGUCGUCACGGACAACUGCACCGACUUCGAGGCGUCGAUCGCGGAGCAGUGCGAUCAGCUGAUCGAGCUGGUGCACCAGCGGCGGGAGCAGCUGGUGCAGUACCUGCACUCUACCCGCGACGACAAGAUCCGUUCUCUGAAACAGCAGGUGUCCCAGGCCACGGCCCGGCUGCAGCAGACCAACGGCCUGCUCAUGUUCUGCAUCGAGGCGCUCAAGGAGCGCGACGACAGCGCCUUCCUCCAGAUCAGCCAGACGCUGACGCACCGGGUGGCCUCGUACGACCUGAUGUGGGGCCGCGACAUCACCGAGCCGCACGUCAGCGCCGACCUCGACCUCAGCCUGGAGACGGCCACCGUGCGCGCCGCCCUGCAGCAGUUCAACUUCAUCGAGAUGAGACCCUGCAAGCCAGGAGAGGAGAGACAACCAGCAGCGCCGGGCCGUCCGACCCUGGUGGCGGAGGAGUGCUCGGCUGAGAACAACACGCUGACCCUGAGCUGGCGGCCGCAGCCGACCUCGCACCACGACGGCUUCAUAGUGCAGCUGGACGACGGCGGCGGCUUCAAGGACGCCUACUGCGGCCGCGAGACGCCGUGUCGCAUCAGCGGGCUGCACUUCAACACACGCUACACGUGCCGCGUCAAGGGCUACAACAGCUCUGGCGACGGGCCGCCCAGCGACGCCCUCUGUCUGAAGACCACCGACGUGGCGUGGUUCACCUUCGACCCGAGCGGACGGCACCGAGACAUCGUGCUGAGUCGCGGCGACUGCAGCGCCACCUGUGACAGCUUCGAGAGCCGCCUGGCGCUUGGGUCAGUGGGCUUCGCCCGCGGCGUCCACUAUUGGGAGUUCUCCGUCGACAAGUUCGAGGGCAACGCUGAUCCGGCCUUCGGCAUGGCGCGAGCCGGCGUCAGCCGGGACGCCAUGCUAGGCAAGGACAACAAGGGCUGGAGCAUGUACAUCGACGGCAAGCGGUCGUGGCUGAUGCACCAGGACAUCCACUCGGGGCGAGCGGAGGGCGGCAUCAAGGCCGGCGACACGGUGGGCGUGCUGCUCAACCUGACCACGCAGAAGCUCACCUUCUACGUCAAUGACGUCAUUCAGGGCCGGAUUGACUUCGGUGGCCUGCAGGGCACCUUCUACCCGGCGGUGAGCCUCAACAGAAACGUGUCGGUGACCCUGCACACGGCGCUGGACCCGCCGGGCGACGCCGACGGCUAGAGGGCGCGGCGAGCGGGCCGCGUCCUGCGCCC